AUGCCGUCCAACUCGAGUCAGACUCCCACCAUUGCUACGGGAGGAGCCGCACAAACACAAACAGACAACUCUAUGCUGGCCUGUUACAUCUAUGACACAACUUCAAUUCAGGAUCGCCUUUUUAUUAGAGCCAUGGUGGAAGAUGAUCAGUCAUCAAAGACGGAGGCUGCUGGCUCGGAGCCGAAAAACUCCAAGCUAUAA